AUGACAGACAAUAACGCCCCUUCCCCCUCAAUUGAGGUCAAGAACCUAUCCUUCCAGUUCCCCGAUGGUUCUCCGGGCUUGACCGAUGUCAAUCUUCAGGCCCCCGCCGGCAGUCGAACCCUACUUAUCGGAGCCAAUGGCGCAGGGAAAACAACCCUCCUCCGCCUCCUAGCAGGCAAACGUCUAGCUCCCACAGACACCAUCACCGUAGCAGGCAAAGACCCUUUCAAGGACGGCCUCGAAGGCGUAACCUACCUCGGCAUGGAAUGGGUUCUCAACAACAUCGUCCGCACCGACAUUGACGUCCCUACCCUCCUCGCCUCCGUCGGCGGCAAUGCAUACCCUGACCGUCGGGAUGAACUCGUCGACAUCCUCGACAUCGAUCUCAGCUGGCGCAUGCACGCCGUCUCGGACGGCGAACGUCGUCGCGUCCAGCUAGCUAUGGGCCUCCUCCGACCCUGGCAAGUCCUCCUACUGGAUGAGAUCACCGUCGAUCUGGACCUCCUCUCUCGCGCCAACUUCCUGGCCUUCCUUAAGCGUGAGACCGAGAUCAGACCCUGCACUAUCGUUUAUGCGACCCAUAUCCUGGAUAACUUGUCGCUGUGGCCUACUCACCUUGUCCAUAUGCAUUUGGGAAGCGUGCGUCAGUGGGGUCCCAUUGAGAAGUUCCGCGAGGAGGUUAAGGAGACUUCCGAGAAUAGUCAGCUCGGUGUGCUCGUACUGAAGUGGCUUAAGGAGGACUUGCAAUCUAGGGGUCCGAGAAAUGGGUCUACUAGUCAGGCUAAGACUUACCCGACACUGGAAGGUUUGGGCGGGUAUGGCUUGGAAAAGCGACCUGCUGCGUGA